AUGGUGCGGGUCAUCAAGGGAAAAGGAAAAGGCGGAGGUGCCCUGCCGCUUCUGGAGUCGAGCGGCGGCAUGCGGAUUCCGCACAUGGGCGUUGGCACGUAUGAACUUUACGGCGAUGAGUCUCGGAUUGCCGUGCUGGCGGCUCUGCGGUUGGGGUUUCGUCUCGUCGAUACCGCCGCUGGGUACCACAACGAGGAACACGUUGGAGCCGCCAUCGAAGAGAGCGGGGUGCAGCGGGAGGAGUUGUUUGUUGUGGUGAAGAUUGCCCCAAAGGCGAUGGCGUCGGAGGAACUUGUCGAGAAGGGCAUUCGCGAGAGUGUACGGAAGCUGCGGAUUGCGUAUGCGGACUGUGUGUUGAUUCAUUGGCCCGGCUGUGGUGGGCUGAAGCCGGAGGAGGCGGAGGGACAUCGAGCGGCACGACACCGCUGCUGGAAGGUGAUGCAGGCCCUGAAGAAGGAGGGCAUCAUACGACAUUUGGGGGUGUCCAAUUUUGCCCCGCGGCACUUUCCCCAUUUGGUUGGCAAUGCGGCGGAAGAAGCGCAUUUAUUUGACGCUGCCAACCCAUGCAGGCCCGUGAUCAAUCAGAUUGAACUGCACCCGCUCUGUGUGCAGCAAGAAGCUUGCGACUUCUGCCGGGAACGUGAUAUCAUUCUCCAGCAAUAUUCACCAUUGGCGCAGGGACAUGCAAAACUUGUUGAGCAUCCCGUCCUGUGUGCGAUCGUAAAGGACCUGUUCCCUGGGUACACAGUGCAAGAUGUGUUGCUCAUGUGGGGCCUCAGUCAGGGCUUCUGUGUUGUGGUGCGCAGUCGUUCCAAGGAACAUUUAGCGCAAAAUUGGGCUGCCGCAAAGGCUUUUUUUGAUGAAGGGCUGCUCAGUGAGUCACAAAAGGAGCAACUGAAAAACCUGCGAGAGUCGAUGCGGGUUGUGGAGGAUCAUCAUUUCUGUUGGCACAGUGAACAUAUCGACUAA